AUGCUGAGAUUUCUCAUUGUUUUACCAAUGAUUUUUCUAGCAGAAUCUUUAGAGGAAAUGCAGAAAACUAAAGUUUCAGCAUGCUUGUAUCUGGUCCACAUCAGAAUCAAUUCAGAUGCAGAGUCAUUUAGAGCUAUUUUUGACGGGCUGGAAAAUGAAGAUUUAGAAAGAGCCUCAAAUAAAGUAAUUGGUGAAAUGGUGCUAAAUUGUGUUGAGAAUAUUGAUAAGGACACUGUCGAAGAAAUUCAAACAAAUUUCAGAGAAUUGGCUUACAAGAGUGACUAUGAUAAAUUAUUCUUUUUUAAUUAAUUUUAAUACAUAUAGUCUACGAGAAUUUAUUAUAUUUUUUGGAGAAAAUAAAAAUAUCUCCUAUGUAAAUUCUAAAAAUUUAUUACUUACUCCUCUGUAUGCGAACAAAAAACUUUUGCUCAGAGAGGAGUUAAUAUUUUUUCUUAAAUAUUUAUAUGUAAUUUUAUAAUAAUUUUUUUCAAAUUUUACAAAAUCCCAAUUCACGAAAAUUGGAAAGCAAAUAUUAUUUUAAUUUAUUUUAAAAUGCAAUUUGUUCAAAAUUAAACAGAAUUAGCUAGAGAUUUCAUUAUAUUAAUUAUCACUUAUAUAUAAAAAACUUUUUCAUCAAAAAUUUUUAUUUGCUCACUGAGGAUGGGCUUUUGGGGAUUUUUCCAAUGGCUUUCUUCGCUCACAGGGAGAUUUAGGUAUAUUGUCAUAUGAUAAAAAUGAUUUACUAGGUGAUAUCCACCUCACACCUGAACAAAUUGAAAUAAUGGAAGAAGCCACAAAACAAUCAGAAGAAUCAUAUUACCAAGAACACCCUGAGCUUUCUGAAGAAGCUGAUUUAGGCAGAAAACAAAAAUUAGCUGGCUGCUUAUCUCUUGCAAGAUAUAAAAUCUCAGAAGAUGACCCAAUAAUUAAACAAAUUUUACAAAACAUGCCAAGCGACCUUGAAGAAAAAAUUAUGAAUAAAAUUGUCGGGGAUAUUCUUAUUGGUUGUAUGGAUAAAAUUACAGAUGAGAUAGUCGCAGAAUUAAUGAAAACUCAAUCAUUUAGCGAUUUAAAGCCUGAGCAUAAAAAUUUAUUGGUGUGGGAUAGCACUCAAUUUAAAAAAGAUCAAGAAAUAAAGUUCACACAAAAACAUUUUAUGCUAUUUGACGAAGUUAUGGAGUCGAAAAAGGAAGCUGAAAAAUAUUAUCAAGAACAGCAGAUGGAAAAUUUAGAAAAUCAUGAAAUUCCGUAUGAGGAAGGACAUUUAUCUAAUAUUUGGAUUAUUGUAGUAGGGGCUAUUGUGAUUAUUAUAGGGUAUGCUUAUUACUCUGCUACAGGAAACUCUCAAAAAGAAGAGCCAAAACCUACAGAUUCCAAUAAUAAAACCAAAAAAAGAGAAUAA